CAAUUGCCGAAAAGUUCACAUUAGGCCACCUUGGAGGCUUCUUUCCAGCUCAUUCUUCCCUUCUUACAUUUUGUUCAUAAGUAAAUCUUCUGACUUCUCUUCACAUAGCAGCCUCUCAGGAGGAUCAGCAUCAUCAGCUUCAUCAUAAAUUCAUCAAUGGAGCCGAGUAAGACCUUGCUAGCCAUUUGGGUCAUUGUCACUCUCUUCUCCACAAGCAAUGUGGUGGAAGGAAGGUACCAUUACCACAAGAGGCCCAAGAAGGGCGGCGGUGGCAGCUCGGGGUCCCCUGUCCCUCCUCCUGACUCUUCUCCCCCUUCGGAGUCCCCCGUUCCUUCCACCCCUGCUACUUCUCCCCCCGUCGUCGGUCCUCCAGGCAUUCCCUCGGACCCAAGUCCUGAUCCUAGCAGGGGCUCGGACACAGACGGCAUUUUUGACGUGACAUCCUUUGGCGCUGUUGGGGAUGGGUCGACAGAUGACACGGCGGCAUUCACAGCGGCAUGGAAGGCUGCCUGCGCGGUCGAGUCAGGCACCAUCCUGGCUCCCUCAGGCUACUCCUUCAUGAUCACCUCAACAAUCUUCUCGGGCCCGUGCAAGCCUGGCCUCGUGUUCCAAGUGGAUGGGGUCCUAAUGCCACCGAACGGACCGGACUGCUGGCCAAAGGCUGAUAGCAAGAAGCAAUGGCUCGUCUUCUAUCGGCUCGAUAACAUGACAUUCACAGGAUCGGGCACCAUUGAAGGAAACGGCGAGCCUUGGUGGGACCUCCCCUGCAAACCACACAGGGGUCCUAGCGGACAGACUGCCAAAGGACCAUGUGACAGCCCUGCUGUAAGUACCAAUUUAAACAGCAAAGUUUAUCAACACGAAAGCGAAUUUUUCUGUUCUAAUGAUAUAUUGCGCGGUACAUUUCAGAUGAUUCGAUUCUUCAUGAGCACGAACUUGGCUGUCAAUGGGUUACGGAUCCAAAACAGCCCACAGUUUCACAUGAAGUUCGAUGGCUGUGAGGGAGUGCUGAUAGAGAAGCUCUCCAUAUCGUCCCCGAAGCUCAGCCCCAACACCGACGGCAUCCACAUAGAGAACACCAAGUCCGUAGGGAUAUACAACUCCAUGAUCGGAAACGGGGACGAUUGCAUCUCGAUUGGACCCGGGUGUUCAGACGUUGAUAUAGAGGGCGUUACUUGUGGGCCGAGUCACGGGAUCAGUAUCGGGAGCCUAGGGGUCCACAACUCGCAGGCCUGCGUCGCAAACAUCACAGUCCAGAAUACCAUCAUCCGAGAGUCGGACAAUGGCCUAAGGAUCAAGACCUGGCAGGGCGGGACGGGGUCAGUGAGCGGCAUCCGGUUCGAGAACAUCCAGAUGGAGAACGUCCGGAACUGCAUCAUUGUAGACCAGUACUACUGCCUGUCCAAGGCCUGCCUGAACCAGACCUCGGCAGUGUACGUCAAUGAGCUGACCUUCCGGAACAUCAAGGGCACCUACAACGUCAUGAGCCCCCCGAUCCACUUCGCAUGCAGUGACACCGUUGCCUGCACUAACAUCACCAUGUCCGAGGUCGAGCUCCUUCCCCAUGAAGGUGAGCUCAUGGACGACCCUUUCUGCUGGAAUGCCUAUGGGACCCAGGAGACGCCCACGAUCCCUCCGAUCGAUUGCUUGCGGGAUGGUAUGCCCGAAACAAUAGCAGAGAGCUCCACAUAUGGUUGCUAGAUCCAUAUUUAUAAUCAUAGAGAAUAACUAGAAAUAGAACAGAAUGGAUAGAUUUCUCCAUAGGGAACAUGAUAAUGGUAUAUGGAAGGACUGAUUAGCUUUAAAUACUGCAUAGAGGCUAAGCGCCAUUAUCUGAUUUCGGCUAUGGAUUUUACUUUUUUUUCCUUAUAUUAUUUAGGAUCUCCAUCCCAAUUAAGGUUUUAUUCCCUUUAUUGUGUGAUGAGAUAUAUAUAUAUAUUUAUAUUGGGCCCACAUGCUUGCCCCAGCAUUUGUAAUACUUUGGAUUUUCACACGUAUAAUAAUAGAGGUUGGCGUGACUUUUUUAA